AAAAAAAGUCGAUACUCUGUUUCUGCCUUACCGACGGCGACCGGAACCGCCUCCCUCGCGCGCGAGAUGUCGCGGCGGUCGCGCGCGUCCGAUCUCCCGCGAUCGGCCGUCGGUGUCGCCACUCGGCGGCCGACGAUGGUCUAUGGCCGAGGCGUCGUGUAAAAUCGUGGAAGCCCGUGAUACGCGCGGCAAAUGGCCGCCGAUGGCCGCGGUGGUGCAGUUUCCGUGGCGGUGCGUGGUGUUGCCUGACGUCCGUCGAUCGCGUACGGCUACGGCUGCGGCUGCGGUUGCGGUUGCGGUUCCGCGUAGGCGCGUACGGGACGUGCGGCUGCCGCGUCGUCCGCGCGGCACCCUGCGUCGCCCCGCGGCAGCAGCAGCAACGUCGUCAUCGUCCACCUCGUCGACGUCGCGGUCGAGGUAACACCGACCGACACCCCGGGGGGGGAGACGUGAUGUGAGCCCGACGUCGUCGUCGUCGAGAGCAGAUAUCGCGCUCACGCGAUCGAGCCCCGCGUCUCCGCGAGCGAGCGAGCGAGCGAGCGACCGAACAGCCAGCCACCCAGCGAGGUGGGCGGCUGGCGAUGAAAGCCGCGAGAACCGAUCGCGGCACGUCGGUGAUGAAAUCGGUGUCCGAGGGCGAGCUGGGCGUGGAGGAAGAGGUUAAACCCGCGGUGGAGCCGCGCGGCGCCACGCGGCUCAAGCGCACCUUUACACUGCCGAGAAACCCGUUUCAAAGUGCCAGCACCAGGAUGUCGCGGCGACGUCCGAAGCAGCAACAGCAACAGCAGCAGCAGCAACAGCAGACCCACGGCGGGGACUCGAGGGACGGCGUGCAGCUGCCGUCCCACCAGCAGCGACAGAACGCGACGACGGGCAGACUCCAGACCAGCGGAAUGGUCCAUCAGGAGUCCCAUCAGGAACGGCCGUGCGGCAAGAAGGUGUUCCGCCGGCCCUCCUGGAAGAAGUUCAUCAACAAGAUGGUGCGGCACAUGUCGAACGUGGGCGCCCAGGGCCACAAGUCCGCCGCUGUCGCCGCCGCCGCGAUGAUCCAUCACCAGCGUGGCGGCGGCGGCGGCGGCGACGAUCUCGACUCGAGCGCGGGCGACAUCCGGGUGCCGCCGCCCCCGCGGCCGGCGCACAUCCCGCCCGACCGCGUGCCCGGUGUCAUAGGCCUACGCAACCACGGCAACACGUGCUUCAUGAACGCCGUGCUGCAGUGCCUCUCGCACACCGACAUCCUCGCCGAGUACUUCGUCCUCGACCAGUACAAGGUCGACCUGUCGCGCCGGAACAAGCUCAACUCGAAGAAGUACGGCACCAAGGGGGAGAUCACCGAGCAGCUCGCGCUGCUCCUCAAGGCGAUCUGGAGCUGCCAGUACGACCCGGAGAUGAGCACCGCCUUCAAGAGCGUCGUCGACAAGUACGGCAGCCAGUACCGCGGCAACCUGCAGCACGACGCCCAGGAGUUCCUCCUCUGGCUGCUCGACAAGGUGCACGAGGAUCUCAAUCAGGCGACCAAGAAGAAGUACAAGAUCAUCAAGAACUCGUUCGGCAGACCUGACGACAUCGUCGCCGCCGAGACGCUUGCGAAUCACGUGCGAUGUAACAACUCUUUCGUACAUGCCGUGUUCCAAGCGCAAUUCCGGUCUAGUCUGACUUGUCCGAGAUGCCACCGGCAGUCAAACACCUUCGAUCCCUUCCUGUGCGUGUCGGUACCGGUGCCACAGAACCAUCGGCAGAUGAAUCUCUACGUUAACGUCCUCUACACGUCGCAACAGCCGCGACAGGUCAAAAUCGGCGUGAGCGUGAAUCAGGCGGCCAACGUGAGGGAACUCCGAGAAAUCUUGGCCAGUGACACCGGCGUAGACGAGAAUCACAUGCUACUGACCGAGAUCCACGAUGAAGGAUUUCACAGAACCUUCUCCGACUGUCAGCCUCUGUCCGUGAUUAUGGAAAACGAUCCGCUUUACUGCAUUGAGCUGCCGCAAUUGAAGGAACCUACGGAGCAGGCGUAUAUCUUGUUGGUUUGGAUUAACGUUCUUGUGAAAGGUGAUCUGAGGCAGCGUUUCGGAAGCCCGUACACGAUGCAGGUGUCACGCGAGACGUCCUACGAGGAUCUGCAGAAGCUUUUGCUUAAGGAGAUGCACAGCACACUUGCGGACGACGUUCUCACAACCAGCCAAAGUCCAGGACUCUUCAAUAUCCGCGUGGCGGAUCCGGCUGCGACGCCGAUCCAGGACGAACAUCCCUGUAUCGAUCCCUGCGUGGAACAUCCGCUUUACACGGAACAGAUCGAGCAAGCGUUGGCGCUCUGCGCCGACGAUUCGGGUCCGCAACACGUAAAGCUGAUCCUCGAAUGGGAUGAGGCCACCAAAUGUAAUAUUAUACAGGACGACAGUGAUCAGAUUGAGGAACAUGCCAGCGUGAAACAGUUAAAGACUAAUUCCGAACUGGGCGGCGCGGUCACUCUGGAGGAAUGUUUCGAUCUGUAUACGCGGGCGGAGAUACUGGGCGCGGAGGACGCGUGGCAUUGUCCCUAUUGCAACAAGAAGCAAGAAGUUGUAAAAAAGCUAGGUCUUUGGUCAUUGCCCGAUAUAUUAGUCAUACAUUUGAAAAGAUUUCGUCAGCAGUCUAAGCAACGGUCAACGUCCAAGCUGACUAUGCUGGUGGACUUUCCCUUAUACGGCUUCGACAUGACGCCACAUCUCGCCCACAAUGGCGUUCAGACGACGCAUAACAAUGUCACCAGUCUGGGCGGUUUGGGCUGGUCGCCUUGGAAGAAACCCCGACAGCGGCAGCACAACAUCCCCAAGUACGACGAGAAUGUCUACGAUCUCUAUGCGAUAUGCAAUCAUCACGGGCAAGAUUUGCAGGGCGGGCAUUACACAGCGUUUUGCAGAAAUCCGUAUGACACACAGUGGUACUGCUUUGACGACACACGCGUGGAAGCAGUCAACGACACGAAUCUGAUUACGAACGCAGCGUACAUGUUGUUCUACCAGCGAAGAGGCCUGUCCAAUAACUCCACGGGAAAUUCGUCCGCGGCAUCCACGAGUUCGGCUGGUUCUGGACUAGAACACUGGGUGUCAAAAAUGCCACCGUUUUAUUUCAAUAAUAAAAGUACCAGUGACGUAACGAACAAUAAGCAAAGUAAAUCGCAAGAGAUAUUAUGCCAAGAGAAGAUUGUCGAGGAGAAAAAUAUGACGAACUUCACCAGAGGUUGCGGCAAUUACGCGACUCUGCAGCCGAAGAAGAGAAAUGCAGCAACGGAAACUGAUAUCGGGCAGAUCGAUCAUUACUCCGAUGACGAAGCACCUUGCAGAAGAGAAUGGGCCUCCCCGAAACCUGUGCGAAAGACUUCAUCCAUCACGUUGACGCCACACAUACCGCCAGCAAUAAUUCAGACUGCUAGCAGUGAUCCAAAUACAACAGUGAUACACGAAUCUACGUUGUAACAUACAAUAUAAGCCAGGCUGAAGAGUCUGGCUCGAGCAAUGCUCAAUGUAUAGUGCCUGGUGUGCCGUGAUGUUUGAACAACAUCGAGUGGCGAAAUUAAAAAAAAAAGAAGAAAGACAAUUCUGAUAUAAUAUAUAAAUCCGUUAUUUUUCGAUUACUACGAAGUACGAUACGUCGAAAGAUAAGGAAGGGUUAUUUCUUUACUUCGAAUUUAUAUAUAUACAGAAAAACGUUUUCUUAUAUGGACGCCGAAGUGGAUGAUGGAUUUCAGCGGCGCGCGCGCUUCUCUUUGCGCAUGUUAUUUUAAGAAGUGUAAUAAAUCUACACGCAGACACGUGCGAUCUUUCGAAAUGAAUUAUAGAAAUACGAGGCAUUAGUAAUUUUUGUAAUUGUAAUACCAUGUUUGUAUACAACUCGCGUGGAUUGUAUUAUAUGAUAGCAGCUAAGAUAGCUUUUUAAAAGGAAGACAAAUCUUAUACUCAGUAUAUGUGAAAAAUCGCGUAUAUUCUUAAGAGAAGGAAGAAACUCUAGUGUUUAUAUUACACAAUUAGAUAUCUUGAAUGCAAUAGGCAACUAAAUUCUACCUAUGUCCAGAGAAGGAAAAGGAUAUUUCCAGAACGGUUUAACGCAGUCGCAGCACGUCUGUAAUGUCAAUGCAAACGUCGUUCGCGUCGUGUCAUCUUACAAUGAAAGUAUAUGACAAUAACGAAAAAAAAACCAAAUUUAUAUAUUGCAAAUCCUGUGUUAAAAAUACAUACCUCGUUUUUUUUUUCACGAUUGAUCGUUUCUGGACAUAACGUGUAGCUACUCGACCGUUGCUUUGAGUCUAUGCUUGUAACUGUAAUAUUUAUAUUGUAUCUGUAUCAUCCACUAGUGGCCUUAUCUAAAUAAUUAAUACAAUUGAUACACACGCGUAACAUUAUUAAGCAUAUUAAUCAUACAUAUUACUCACAAGCGUUUUAUUUUAGAUAUUGAGACUGUUUUUAGCGAGAAUCACCGAAAUCAUGUAACGAUAAUUUCGCAAUAUCUUUGUCUGAUUUAAGCAUCUUGUUUAGGAGAAGCACCUGUGAGAGUUAGUUUAUAUAUCGCAGCCUACAGUCAAGUUCUUCCAACGACUGUGUGGACCCAGCGCUCCGCUAAUGCGAAAAAAAGGGGGGGGGGCAAUCGACUUUAGAGAGCGGUUUUUCUAUACGGUAACAAGAAAAAAACAAGAUAAAUUCCUAGUUGGUUUCUCUAAUCACGGAUAUACUUCAAUCUCCUAUUUUUUAAAAAAUUCAAAUCAUUCCAAUCGGAUAUUGAAUAGAGUGCGAACGUGAGAGCAAGCGCGAGCGUGAAAGCGAGAAUUUAUAAAUAUAUAUGUAUGUAUACAUACAAGAUUAUAUAAUGAAUGAAAGAUGUUUAAGUUAUUUUAUUAAUUAAUAUUUUAUUACUAGUCACACGUAUUAUGGACACGGGUAGUUAGUAAUGAUUAGGGUACAAACAGCGAAGUUGUAUCACGAGUUACUACCCGGCCAUUAUGAUUUUUAGAAGUUCCGUCACUCGACUGAGGAUGUGCUCUCACACAUACACACUCACACAUACACUUUAUUAAAUAUUACUUAUCCCUUUGUUGAAAUAAAUAGAGGAUGUACAUAUAUGUAUGGGAGAAAUGUGUCAUUCCACACUUUUGUGCAUGUUGCAGUACACGUAACUCGGUCGUUUUUGAUCUACGGCUCUCGUCGCGUGCGUUGCAUUUUUGUUACACAUUUACAAAGAAAAAUGAGAAAAGAUGUCACGUGAUACUGAUAUCCUAUCAAUUCGUUGCGUUUGGAUCGUAUAUAUACAUAUGUAUACAUGUAUGCGUACCUUGUCUUUUUGAAUAUCUUUUUAGGACUAGCGAUAAUUCUCUUCUGCGAAGCUUCUUUACUUAUUGACCAAAUAAAACGAGGACUUAAGUAACCGAGACGGCGCUGCAACUCUGAUAUCUUACCGACGAUAUGGCAGAAAUCGUGAAUAACUUGAAUGAUUGGAAAAUAAAUACGAUGAGACAAAGUG